CCCAUGGUUGCUUUUCCUGCAGGAUCCUGCAUGCAACCCCCCUUCCUGUCCCUUGGCCGAGUCUUGUUCUCUCCCCUGCAUUGAAUCGGCUCUUUUUCUUUUUCUCCUCUUCCCCUUCCUUGUCUGUACCCAGAUUCACGUUUCUGACAUGGAGGAGAAAACCCCCGAAGCCUUCUCUCAGGCACUGCCUGCGGAUCGCACUGAUGAUGCCGUGCAAUACCUCCAGGGCCAUGAGGCGGGCCCGGACGCCUCCCAGGUUGAUCUCCGGGCUCUACGUCGGAAGAUUGAUUUGCACCUGAUGCCUUAUAUGUUCUGCUGCUAUGUUUUGCAGUUCCUGGACAAGGUGAUGCUGAACUAUGCCGCCGUCAUGGGGAUGAAGACCGAGUUGCACCUGAAGGGCAACGAGUACACCAAUGUGGCGACCUGGUUCUUUUUGGCUUAUCUGAUUGCAGAGGUUCCCAACAUCUACUGUCUCCAGAAAGUCCCUGCGGCCAAAUGGCUGGGAGCCAACGUUGCCCUAUGGGGCGUGGCCGCUGCUGCAUCUGCAGGCGCCAAAAACUACGCGACUCUGCUGACGGCUCGUGUCUUCCUGGGCAUCUUCGAGGCGACCAUCGGCCCGUCGCUGAUGCUGAUCAGCAGUCAAUACUAUACCAAGUCUGAGCAGGCCCCAAGAUACACAUGGUGGUACAACGGUCUCGGUGUGGCCCAGAUCAUCGGUGGACUGGUCUCGUAUGGCUUUCAGCAUGUUCAUCACGGCGCUGAAGUUUCCGGAUGGCGGAUCAUGUUCAUCGUGAUCGGAUGUCUGACGAUCGUGAUCGGUGUUCUCACCCUGUUCUUCAUCCCGGACACUCCCAUCAAGGCCAAAUGGCUGUCCGAGCAAGAAAAGGUGGCUCUCCUGCAGCACGUCAGUGUCAACCAGACCGGCGUGUGGAGCACGACCUUCAACUUCAAGCAGAUCCUGGAAGCUGUGCUGGACAUUCAACUCUGGCUGCUCGUCCUGAUCACCAUUCUCAUCUCCGUCUCCAGCGGCGUCGUAACCACCUACUCCGCCACCCUAAUCGCCGGCUUCGGCUACCCAGGCCCCAUCUCCGCCCUCCUAAACAUGCCCUCCGGCAUCAUCAGCAUCUUCUUCACCCUGCUCGUCGGCUUCGGCAUCCGUAAAACCUCCCACCGCUGGGCCUGGAACGCCUUCUGCACCAUCCCAGGCAUCAUCGGCGGCGCACUCCUCUCUUUCCUCCCCAAGAGCGACAAAGCCGGUGUGCUUAUCGGCAUUUACCUCGUCAACGCCAUCGUCGCUACCCUCCCCAUCCUCUACCAAUGGACCAUGGCCAACUGCGCCGGCCACACUAAGCGCGCCUUUAGCAGUGCGCUUGUCGCGGGCUCCUUCUCGGUGGGAAAUAUCAUCGGUCCGCAGACGUUCCAGGCCCGUGAUGCGCCGGAGUAUCGUCCCGCUAAGAUUGCGGUUUUGGCGACUCAGGCUGCCGCGGCGGUGAUGUCCGUCGUACUGUUUGCGUAUUAUGUGCGGGAGAAUAAGCGCAGGGAUCAGCGCUAUGGAAAGGUCGAGGAUUCCAUGGUCGAUGAGGCGAAGUGGGCGGGGUUGACGGAUAAGGAGAAUACGCGAUUCCGUUAUGUUUAUUAGGUUAAUGGGUGCUGUCGAGGGGUUGUUGAUGGUAUUGGGAUUGAUAUCGUAUCCUGUUGGUUAAUAAUAGUGUUGUAUAUAUCUGAC